AUGGAUUUUUACUACCAUCUACAUCAUUUGGGCCGUAGAGAGCGAAAAUGUACUGUUGGGCUGAGUAGGGGGCGCAGUGUUGUGAUUCUUGUUAAACGACAGCGUAGAAGAAGAACGAAUUUGGAAGAACCCUUGAAGUGGAAGGUGUCUGUGUGGUCUGGUGAAGCAGUGAAUGAGAGAAUGGAAUUGAAGAAUGUGGUGAAGGACAAGAAAUUCUGGAUCGCUUCUUUCCUCAUCGCGUGGGCUGCGGCACUUCAAGGUCACAUGAUGUGGUUGCAGCGUCAGGAUUCCUUCAAACAGAAAUUCGGUAACCCUGAUCCCUCCCAAGACCAUCCUCAAAACUGA